CCCACUAACACGGUAAUAUUUAGGCCGGCGCCAGUCAUCGAUUUGGUUCCUAUUCCGAAACGGGUCAAAUUAGAAUCUAAGGAACCAAAGAUUUAUGAUGAUUAUUUAACCGCAAAAACCUCUCUCGACAAAGAGUUUGGUUCAAAGAAAGUUAAAUCACGGAUCGUUGCGCGGGAGAGGAGUCAAAUUGAUCCGUCGAGUAUAAAAAACGUUGAUAAAUUCGUUUCGAACAUUAAAGAAGCGGUCAAAACUCUUCCAACUAGUGAUAAUAUUAAGGCCCUUAUUGAAGAAACUCGUCCAAUACCUCCACACAACAUUAACGCAACCGGUGUUAACGAGGUGUAUAAGUUAGACGACGUAGUUCCACCUUCCGAAUUCAAUGCGAUUCCGAUUUCUUCGCUCUUGCGUGCAAAAACGGAAUCUGAAAGACUGGAAUUAUUACCGUUUAAAACUUCGAGAUUUGUCAACUCACGUCUCUUUCCUUCUCUGAACAUCAAGAAA